GUGUUUAAUGAAAAUACUCGUUUCUCCAGUAACAAAUACCGUGAUGAUGUCGAUUAAAAACGACAUGGUUUCGAUAGUAGUGUCAAUGUAUUCGGUGUCGUUUUAUAGCGUCAUACCGUUUAAAAUUGUCCAAUCGUGAUAAUGUUUUCCAGUUUUCGACUAUAUAACGGCUGCCAUAUCGGUAUGAGCACACACACCAUCAACGUACACGGUACCGAACAGUCGUUUAUCAAAACUACAAUCAUGAGCGGAAGAGGCAAAGCAGGCAAAUCCAAAGGAGGUAAAUCCAAGACCAGGUCGUCCCGUGCCGGACUCCAGUUCCCGGUCGGUCGUAUCCACCGUCUGUUGAGAAAAGGAAACUACGCCGAACGUGUCGGAGCCGGAGCACCAGUGUACUUGGCCGCCGUCAUGGAAUAUUUGGCAGCUGAAGUAUUGGAGUUGGCCGGUAACGCAGCCCGUGACAACAAGAAGUCUCGUAUCAUCCCCAGACAUUUGCAAUUGGCCAUCAGGAAUGACGAGGAAUUGAACAAAUUGUUGUCCGGCGUUACCAUCGCCCAAGGCGGUGUAUUGCCAAAUAUCCAAGCUGUUCUAUUACCAAAGAAAACCGAAAAGAAAGUUUAAUUAUUUCAAGUUUUGACUAUUCCAAAUUAUGUCUAUUAAAAAGGCCCUUUUCA